GGAAGGCCCAUGCAAAUGAGCUCUCCUGGCUGGCGUUCCUGCGCUGCCCAUUGCCAGUAAAAGCGCGUCGCUGCCGAGAGAUUCAUUCACAACGCAUCAUCCUUUCCACUGCGAGCGGCGUCCUGGAUUUUGGAAGAACACUUUCUCUUUAAACAGCUUUAUACAGUGUUAUAGAACUGAGUGCAUGCACUUUUUAUACAGUUAAAGACUGAAAGCGAAAGCGCUGGCGUCAGGUGCGCGGUUUGCAAGGUGCGCAACUUUACGCACACUUUCGAAAGGAUACGCGAGCGCAAGAUCGUUCUCUCUUGAUGGCACCUGCUGAAAGAGCAACAACGUCUCCAUAAACUGUCUUGAGUUCGGUUCAGACUGAACGGCACGGUUUGCGCCUCACCAAACGGAUAGUAAGACGCGCAAACUUUCCACGUCGCGCUUUAGCUAUUACCUUUGAUCCGUCCGAUCAGCUGCUCGUCUGGAGCCCUGGAUCCUGAUCCUGACUCUGACUCUGACUGAGAGGGUGUUCAAAAGAUACCAAAUGGUUUUUCUUUGGGACGCCAAAUACGAACCUGCGCCUGGGCGACGCUUCACGCCUCCCUCGACCACCCUGAGCUCGGGGAAGAUGAAUGAGGGGUUGCCCCUGGGGCCUCAGGAGAGCAGCGGCGCCGCCCUGAUGGGCAAACUGCGCAUGGCUGACCGGAGCAUGGUGGAGGUGCUUUCCGACCACCCAGGAGAGCUGGUGCGCACCGACAGCCCCAACUUCCUCUGCUCCGUCCUGCCAACACAUUGGCGCUGCAACAAGACACUGCCCAUCGCCUUCAAGGUGGUUGCCCUCGGUGACAUCCCUGAUGGCACUUUGGUCACAGUGAUGGCCGGCAAUGAUGAGAAUUACUCUGCCGAACUCCGCAAUGCCACAGCCGCUAUCAAGAAUCAAGUGGCUCGUUUUAAUGACCUGCGUUUCGUUGGCCGCAGCGGACGAGGCAAGAGUUUCACGCUCACCAUCACCGUCUUCACAAACCCUCCUCAGGUGGCCACGUAUCAGAGAGCCAUAAAGAUCACUGUGGACGGACCCCGAGAACCACGACAUUCUAGGCAGAUGCAGACGUCUCCGUCCUGGUCGUAUGAGCAGUCGUACCCUUACCUGGGUCCCAUCUCCACCCCAGCGGUUCACCCCGCCACACCCAUCUCCCCCAGCCGCAGCGCUAUACACUGUCCAGAUCUGACGGCGUUCACUGACCCUCGCAUGGGUCUGGAGCGUUCCUUCCCAUCACUGCCCUCGCUCCCAGACGGCCGUUUCUCGGACCCGCGUAUGCCGUAUCCCACCGGAGCAUUCACAUACACACCCACGCCCGUCACCAGCGCCAUCGGCAUCGGCAUGUCGGCCAUGAGCAGCCCGGCGGGCCGCUAUCACACGUACUUACCACCGGCGUACCCCGCGGGCUCCUCGCAGGCUCAGGCCGGCCCCUUCCAGCCCGGCUCGUCCCCGUAUCACCUGUACUACAGCAGCGCCGCUGGAUCCUACCAGUUCUCCAUGAUGCCAGCCGGAGGAGGAGGAGGAGAGCGCUCGCCCCCGCGCAUCUUACCGCCCUGCACCAACGCCUCCACAGGCUCCGCCCUCCUGCACCCCUCGCUGCCCAAUCAGAGCGAGGUGCUGGUGGAGGCCGAGGGAAGCCACAGCAGUUCGCCAACCAGCCUGUCGGUGGAAGCCGUCUGGAGGCCAUAUUGACGCUCGCUUGACCAAUAGGAGGAGGCAGGGCCGGAUUUACACAUAGGCAUUCUAGGCACGGGC